GCCCUCCCGGUCCGUGCACGGAGCCCCUUCCCUACGGCACCUUUGGCGUCUGAAACCGGAAGUGGAAGUGCUGGUCUAAGGGCCGGGAGUUGUGUUUGGUUGCAUGGCAAGCGCUGUUUUGAGGUCUCAGGUGUGGCACAGGGAGAACUAGCCAAGUCUAGGCACCUGGGGACCGUGGGCGACCAUCUUGCACGUCUGUAAAUCACAAGUAAGGAUUUCAACUGCUCUAACUGGCUGCAUGGAGCAAAUAUUAUUCGUCUGCCUCCAGGCUUCCCAGUGACCUUGCUUCCACUUGUAUCCCUCUUACCUUAAAUGGCUUCUAGGGCUUAGAGAGGACAUUCAUUUAUACUUCCAAAAGCUGGAGCAAGAAAAUGGACUCAGUGGUUGUUGAGGAUGUGGCCGUGGUCUUUACUCAAGAAGAGUGGGUUUUGCUAGAUCUUGCUCAGAGGAAACUCUACAAGGAUGUGAUGAUGGAAACCUUCAGAAACCUGGCUUCAAUAGUGUCUGGAAAUGUUAAUGAUGAAGAAAAAUUAUCCAUUGAACAUAUAAUAGUGCAAUUCACGAAGAAUAACAGUUCGUCCUCUAUGUUAGGAGAAAUCUUCAGCUUGUUUGUCAGUGGAGAGCAGCCUCAAAACCAGGAGAGACAUUUUAGAAAGCAUAUGGUAGAGAACCUCCAUGAGCAUAAUGAAAGCAAUCAGUGUGGAAAAACCUUCACCCGGAUUCCAGAUAUUACUGUGGUAAAACGAAAUCCUCCAGAAGUAAAUCCUUUUGAAUGCUGUGAGUGUGGAAGUGCCUUCGUGAAUCAGUCAUCACGUAAGCAUCAUACCAGAUCUCACACUGGAUGCAAUACGUGUCAGGGUAAGGAAUGUGGAGAAGCCUGCAGUUGUCCCUCUUACUUAAGCAUUCCUAUGAGAACUCUUACUGGAAAGAAACCCUAUAAAUGUAAAGUAUGUGGGAAAGACUUCAUUUGUAUCUCAGCCCUGAAGAAUGCCGUGACAACAAUUACUGGUGAGAAACACUGUGAAUGUGACAAAGGUGAGAAGAAAGAUUGCCGUAGUUUCUCAUCCCUUCCGACGCAUGUGAGAGGUCGUAAGAAUCCUAAGCGUGAAUGUCGGAAAACCAAAAGUCAUCCUUCAUCCCUCGUUUUACAUAAAAAAUUUCAUAAUAGAGAUAAGCCUUAUGAAUGUACGGAAUGUGGGAAAACCUUUAGUCGUUCUUCAGGUCUUAUUACUCAUACUAGAACUCACAGUGGAGAGAAACCUUAUAAAUGUGAGGAAUGUGGGAAAGCCUUUAGUCAGGUCUCAGGCCUCACUAGACAUAUGAAAACUCACAGUGGAGAGAGGCCUUAUGAAUGUAAGGAAUGUGGGAAAGCCUUUAGUCAGGUCUCAGGCCUCACUAGACAUAUGACAACUCACAGUGGAGAGAGGCCUUAUGAAUGUAAGGAAUGUGGGAAAGCCUUUAGUCAGGUGUCAGGCCUCACUAGACAUAUGAAAACUCACAGUGGAGAGAGGCCUUAUGAAUGUAAAGAAUGUGGGAAAGCCUUUAGUCAUGCCUCAUCCCUCACAACACAUAUAAGAAAUCACAGUGGAGAGAGGCCUUAUGAAUGUAAGCAAUGUGGGAAAGCCUUUAGUCAUCUGUCACACCUUAUUACACAUGUAAGAACACACAGUGGAGAGAAGCCUUAUAAAUGUAAGGAAUGUGGGAAAGCGUUUAGGCAGGCCUCAUCGCUCACUACACAUAUAAGGACUCACAGUGGAGAGAGGCCUUAUGAAUGUAAGGAAUGCGGGAAAGGAUUUAGUUGUUCCUCACAACUCAUUACACAUGAAAGAACUCACAGUGGGAUGAGGCCUUAUGAAUGUAAGGAAUGUGGGAAAGCCUUUAAUCAUUCUACACACCUAACUGUACACAGAAGAACUCACAGUGGAGAGAAACCUUAUAAAUGUGAGGAAUGUGGGAAAGCCUUUAGACAGACCUCAACCCUCACUAGCCAUAUAAGAACUCACAGUGGAGAGAGGCCUUAUGAAUGUAAGGAAUGUGGGAAAGCCUUUAGUCAGUCUGGAGGCCUCACUAUACAUGUAAGAACUCACAGUGGAGAGAGGCCUUUUGAAUGUAAGGAAUGUGGAAAAGCCUUUAGUCAGUCCUCAUCCCUCAGCACUCAUGUAAGAACUCACAGUGAAGAGAGACCAUAUGAAUGUAAGUAAUGUGGUGAAGCCUUAAAGUUUUUUCACACCUCACUUCACAUAUAAGAACUCACAGUGGAAAGAGACCUUAUUAAUGUAAUGGAUGUGAGAAAGCAGUUAGUUCUCAGUCCGUAUUGAAUGUCAGUAACCUUACAGUGCAGAGGAACCUUAUGAAUGUAGUCAAUGUGGGGAAGCUGUUGCUCAUACCUCUUAUUUCAAACACAAGAAAGGUAGGCGUAGUAGAAAGAACACUUAUAUGUAUAUAAAGAAUGUGGUAAAGUACUUAUAUUUUCUGCUUCUGUAAAUGUACAAACAGUGGAGAGUGUUUUUAUGAAUGUAAGUAAUAUGAGAAAGUCUUCAGAUGUUUAUUCUUUGGAACACAUCUGAGUAGGCAUUCUAGAGGGAAACAACAUAUGUGUAAGUGUUGUUGGAUAACUUGCAUACAUUUUCUUUUUGCAAUCCCAAGAGAAGAUGCAUGUCAGAUUAACUGGAAGUGUAAGUAAUGUGGGAAAAUGUUUGUAUUUCUCCAAAGUCAUAUAAAUUUUCACAUAUCGAAAGCCAGUCAGCAUAUGAGAAGUCACACUGGAGAGACAGCAUAUAAACAAACGUAAGGUACCUGGGAUCAUAAAAAAAAAAAAAGGGAUCAUAGAUAUGUCUUUUUCUAGUUUUAGACAACCUGUGAGAUAUUACAUUUUGUGGAUUCAUCCUAUGACUGUAAAAGGUGAUUGAGGCCUUCAGUGUCCACCCUCAUGACGGCUAUGAGACCUCACAGACUUCUGAGACACAUUUCUGCAAACAUUGUGAGAAGCCCUUCAAUCACAUAAUAUCCCACUUUGUGCACAAGGAGAUUCAUACUAGGGAAGAAAUCUUACAAAAAUUAAACACGUGGAAUUUAUCGCUUCCUUAAUGCCGUGCGAUUCAAGAUCCCCUUAUUUUCUGACGUAAACAUUAAGAUGAUAAAUACCACUUGAAAUAUCCUUUCAAUUCUAGGACAUGAAUUUUGAUAGCGUUUGCAUUUUGAUUCAUUUAUAUAAAAAUUCUGUUCAUUAGAAUGUCUCAUCAGCACAUGAGUGUUUUAAUGUCUAUUUUCUUUUUAUCAACUAUGUUGAAUUUAAGUAUCUUUUCAGAGUAUAAAUCAGCAUGUUCCCAUUGUAGAAAACUGUUUUCAUCUGAACAGUGUGUAAAAAAUUAAAUUCACUUUGAAUCUGAGCACUCUUGGUAUGUUGAGUGUUUCCUUUCAGCCUUCCUUGAAUGCAAAGCAAUGUUUUUAACAGGAUCAGGAUUGUACUGUUUAGUGUUGUCAUGGACUUAUUUUACAUCGCAUCUCAUUUUCCUUCGUUAUUAUGAUCAUUGGUUUACUGAUGAAGAAAACACACGAAGUUUUAACUCAAAGUCUUCCUACAAGAAGGACUCCUCUCAAAUGCUGGUGUGACAAACAGAGUUUUCGUGCAAGGAUGGUUCAUUCUGAGGCCCAAGGCAAUUGUGUACCAACACAAUGCUCUAAUCUCAGCUAGCUGCAGUGGAGCUUCAGUCCUGCAUCAACUUAUAGCCUGUGCUUAGUGACAGAGUCUGACAGAGCCUUAGUUUUGAUAAUUCUGACAUUCCGAGAGUUGUGUCCAGUCAGGAGCUGAAGCUGAAGUUUCUUGGCUAAUAUAGUGGUCUCUGUUCUACCUGAUGUACACACCCACUGUAGGGCUUGGAGAAGAGAAGACACCAGCUAAGAGUCCUGUGUUAGUAGGGACAAGAUAAGUGGCUGUUGGGCCUGGAGGUUUAUCCAGUGCUACUCUGCCCCAUAGUGAACUGGGAGCCGCCUCACGGACUCUUUGUGUAAAGGGCCUUGAAAUGGAGGCUGAAAAUUAGACUCUCAUUUGAUCCAGCAAUUCCCCUUUUAGCAUCCUAUGGAAACCCCUGGGCUCUGUGCUGCUGUCUGUUGAUAAUAGUGGUAGAUAGUGUAAAUCAGUGUCUAUCAGAGGGAAGGGAGUUGUUACGAUAAAUGCCCAGCCACACAUCAGAAUAUUGAUUCCCACUGAAGGAUUUUUUUUUUUUUUAAAUAUCCAAAGAGUAAUUCAGUUUUGGCAUGUAAGCUGUUAAAUGCAUUAAGUCUUAUAAUCUAUAGCACGAUGAAAGUACAGAACAGUACCUCUCUGUCCUCCAAAAACAUCCCUCAUACUGCCCCUUUUUAGUAAAAUCUUUCCCUAACCGUGAAGGCCUGGCAACAGUCCCUGCGCAUAUGAUGCACUGUGUAGCUUUUUGAUUAGGGAUCCUUAUGGAUCCUUUCACUGAGCAUGGAGUCUUGGUGGCACAGUGGUUAAGAGCUCCACUGCUAACCAAAAGGUUGGCAGUUUGAAUCCACCAGCCGCUGCUUGCAAGCCCUGUGGGGCAAUUCUACUCCAUCCUGUGAGUUUGCCAUGAGUCGAAAUUGACUCGGCAGCUGUGGGUUUGGUUUCAUUUAACACAAUUCCUUUGAGACUCAUUACAUUGCUAGUUUGUUCCUUUUUAUUGUUGUGCAGUGUUCCGUUUUAUAGACAUAACACUGCUUGUGUAUUCACCAUUUGGAGGAUGUUUUGGUUUCCAGUUAUAAUAAAGUUGAUAUAAACAUUUCUGAACAGGUUUUAUGUGAACACAAAGUUUUCAUUUUUCUCACAUAUCCCUAGUAGUGGGAUUGUUAUCUUAUGGUAGAUGUAUGUUUAACCUUAUAAGAAACUGUCAAUGUGUUCUUAAAAGGGGGCUGUGCCAUCUUGUAUUCCAAAAGCAAUGUAUUAUUUUAGUUGCUGCUGGGAUCUACAGAUUGCUUUCUGGAGGAACUAAAACCCUUCAGUUUGGACUCGCAUCUGGGUAGUUGUUUGGUGGGUGGCUCAUCUGAUAGGCAACCUUGCAUUUGCUGAGGAGAAAGAAUAGCCUGUAACAAUAUCGAUUAGACACACAGGUCUAUUGUAUGGGACUCUGGGCUAUGCCAUCACUGUCACUGCCAGCCUGGUGUGAACCCAGGGCUCAACCAAGUCUUUUUAGAAGGAACAUAGUGUUUCUCAUCAGUUCCCAGCUGCAGAAUGUACCCUAUGACACCAAAGUCCUGUGACACCAAAGUCCUCUCUUCCUGGUAUGGAAACUGGAAGUAGAUGUGUUCAUUUGAGAUAACAGGUCAGCCGUUAAUCAACCAUUUUAUCACUCACUUCCUCCACCUCUUUCUCUAAAGUUUUUUCCUUUUAGCGCCUACUUGUUCUGGUUGAACUGGCAUCAGUGGAGCUGUGGCUACUCCUCCUAAAUUCAACCACAUUUACCCACACCAGCCUACUGCUCAUUCUGAAUUGCUAGGAUCAGGACACCUGCUUGUGGCUUGGGCCCUUGAGAGGAGGCUGGUUAAGAAAUACAAUUUUGGCCUUUUCAUAUGGUGGAUCUACCCUCCUGAAACCUUCCAAGCAACAGUUGUAUCCUUUUCCAGAAGGAAAAAGCAUUUCCACCUUUGUGUUAAGGUGACUCUGGCCCCAGCUUCAUCCUGCCCCCUUUGACAUGGCAAUUUGAGCAUAUUCCAGUGAAUACUGGGUGCAAUUUCUCUAUCUUUAGGUGGCGGUUUUUGUUGUUAUUAGGUGCCAUUCAAUCAGUUCCGACUCGUAGUGAUCCUGUGUACAACGGAAUGAAACACUUCCUGGUCCUUUGCAUCUUCAUAAUCAUUGUUAUGCUUGAGCCCAUUGUUGCAGCCUCUUUUUCACUCACCCUCUACUUUACCAAGCAUAAUGUCCUUCUCCAGCGACUGGUCCCUACUGAUAACGUGGCCAAAGUAUGUGAGAUGAAGUCUGCUUCUAAGGAACAUUCUGGCUGUACUUCUUACAAGACAGAUUUUUUCAUUUUUCUGGCAGUCCAUAGUGUAGUCAAUAUUCUUCACCAACACCAUAAUUCAAAGGUGUCUAUUCUUCUUCGAUCUUCCUUAUUCAUUGUUAAGUUUUUGCAUGUAUAUGAAGCAAUUGAAAACACUGUGGCUUGAGUCAUGCACACCUUAGUCCUUAAAAUGACAUUUUGGCUUUUUAACACUUUAAACAUGUCUUUUGCAGCAAAUUUGCCCAAUGCAAUGCAUCAUGGUUAUUGAAGUUUCGUUAGUUAUAUGCUGGUGGAAAGAUAAUCUUUUUUAGGUCAUUAGAUUAUGAAUUAAGGACCCCUGGUGGUGCCAUCGUUAUGUGCUCGGCUAGUACCUGAAAAGUUGGCAGUUCGAACCCACCCAGCGGCUCAACAGGAGAAAGAUCUGGUGACCUGUGACCAUAAAGAUUACACUGAAGUAAACCCUAUGGCACAGUUCUCCUCCGUCAGCUUGGGUCAGUGUAAGUUGAAAAUCUGUGCAACAGCACUUAACAACAAAAGGGUGCCCAUGUAUCUAACAUAAAUCGAUCCAUGAGUGAAUGAAUUAAUAUAAAUACAAAUUUACCAUAAAGAAAUUGUCUAUUCAACUCUUUUCUGAAGUCAUCUCCACCUUACCUCACUUGCAUAACCCUAAAAAUCCCCCAGAGCUUUAAGUUAUGGGAGUGUGUAAGAGGAAAGACAAUGUAGGCAUGUUUAUGCCGAUAGCAGACAUUGGAAUUUAAUUUACUAUAAACAAGAUGAAUUUUGACAGGUGGAUUUUCUCCUAGCUGUUUAAUUUUAAUUGCUGUUUAAACUUAAUUUUAAUUGCUCUUCUAAAGCAGCGCCAGUAAAACUAGCGCCUGUAACCCUGAUCUAGAUUCACCAAUUGUGAAGAUUUUGCCUUAUUUGUCAAUAUAUAAAAACAUUAUUCCAAUGAAACAUCCAGAGGUUAAGUGUAGACAUCCAGCUUGAGAAAUGCGAAGUGUGUUCUUCCUUUUUUGUUUUCUAUUUCCAGGUCUUUGCACGUGGUAUUAUAAUACUUUGUCUUCUCAAGCAGCCUUUUGAAAUCUUCUGUUCAGUUGUUUUACUUCAUCAUUUCUUCCUUUUGCUGUAGCUAUUACACAUUCAAGAGCAACUUUCCGAGUCUUUUCUGACUUGAAUUUUGGUCUUUUCUUUCCUUCCUGCCUAUUUAGCAACAGUCUUUUUCAGUGCCUAAAAAUCACUGCCCUAAAAAUCCGGUGUACCCUACCUAAUCAUCCCUUCCUAUCUCCCCCAGAAUUUGGUGAUUACCAGUGUUCUUUACUAGCUUUGCCUUUUCAAGAAUGUUACGUAGUUGGAAUCAUAUGCAACUUUUUCACAUUGGCUUCUUUUACUUACAGUAUGCAUUUAACGUUCUGCCGUGUCUUUCUGUGGCUUGAUAGCUCAUUUCUUUUUAUUGCUGAGAAUAUUCCUGUGUAUGGAUGCGUUACACUUUGCUUAUCCAUUCACCAAUUGAAAGGCAUCUUGGUUGCCUCCAAUAUUUGGCAAUUAUGAAUAAAAUUGUUAUAAAUACUUGUGCUAAGGUUUUUGUGUGGACAUAGGUUUUUAACUCAUUUGGGUAAAUACCAGGGUGUGCAAUUGUUGGAUCAUGUGGUAAGACUACGUUCAAUUUUGUAAGAAACUGUACAACUAGCUGUACCACUUUGCAUCCCCACCAGCAGUGACCGUGAGUUCCUGUUGAUUCACAUCCUGGUGAUGUCAUUGGUUUGGAGUUUAGCCAUUGUAAUCAAUAUGUAGCAGCAUCUUCUUGUUUUCAUUUCGAAUUCCUUAAUGAUAAAUGACGCUGAGCAUCUUUUCACACGCCUAUUUGUCACCAGUAUAUCUUCUUUGGUAAGGUGUCUGUUCACAUAUUUUCCAAUUGCGUGUUGUCUUUUCUUAUUGAGUUUUAAGUGCUCUUUGUAUAUCUUGAAUAUCAAAUUAAAAAUCAAACCCACUGACGUUGACUUGAUUCCAACUCAUGGUUCUACAGAGUAGACUGUUCCGCGGGCUUUUCUUGGCAUUAAAUUUUAUGGAAGCAAAUCAGCAGGCAUUUAUUUUGUGGCUGCACUGGGUGGGUUUGAAUCGCCAACCUUUAGAUUAGCAGCCAAACACAAAGCUUUUGUGGUACUCUGGGACUUUUUAUUUUUAAUACAACAGUCCUCUAUCACAAAUAUGUUUUUGAAAAGAUUUUCUCCUAGUUUUUGGUUUCUACCUUUGUCCUUUUUGGUAGUUAUUUGCUUGAUAUAUUUUUUCCAUCCUUUGAUUUUUAAUAAAUUUAUGUCUUUGUUUCUGAGGUGUGUCCCUUGUAG